CUUUCUAUUUCACACUGUCGGAAAGCGGAAAAGAGAGGAGUUGCAGCUGGCGCUUAGGUGAGGUGGCAGGAGGCAGAGGGAAGUUAAUACAUAGAAGGAUGAGUCAGUGGUAUAAACUGCAGCAGCUGGACUCCAGAUAUUUGGAGCAAGUGCACCAGCUCUAUGAUGACAGCUUUCCCAUGGAGAUCAGACAGUAUCUGGCGCAGUGGCUGGAAAGCCAAGAUUGGGACCAUGCCGCCAGUGAUGUUUCGCUGGCCACCUUGCUCUUCCAGAACCUGCUGUCUCAGCUAGAUGACCAAUACAGCCGUUUUACGCAGGAGAACAACUUCUUGCUACAGCACAAUAUCAGGAAGAGCAAGCGGAACCUCCAGACGACUUUUGAGGAAGACCCCAUGUAUAUGGCCAUGAUGAUCUCCAAAUGUCUGCAUGAUGAAAGGAAGAUCCUUGAGGCUGCCCAGUCAGCUGAUCAGAUGCAGCUUGGGAACGUGCAGAACAUGGCACAGCUGUGUAAGGUGAAAGAGUUGGAUGGCAGAGUCAAGAAUGUGAAGGACAGUGUUACUGAAGUGGAGCAAAUCAUCAAAACCCUGGAGGAUGCACAGGAUGAAUAUGAUUUCAAAUUUAAAACCUUGCAUGUCAGAGAAUGCGAAUCCAAUGGCCUGACCCUGGACGAUUGUAAAAAGGAAAAAAUGCAGCUCCACACGAUGUAUUUGCAACUCCACAGCAUGCGUCAGAAUGUGUUACGCAAGAUAACAGCUUCCCUCAAUGUGACUGAGCAUACACAAAACGCCUUGAUUAGGGAAGAGUUGGUUGAAUGGAAGCAGCGGCAACAGAUUGCUUGUAUUGGGGGACCACCCAAUGCAUGCCUGGACCAACUUCAGAACUGGUUCACCGUGAUCGCCGAGAGUCUUCAGCAGAUUCGUCAGCAGCUUAAAAAACUGGAGGAGCUGGAGCAGAAGUUUACCUACGACUCGGACCCCAUCCCUCAGCAGAAGAAAGGACUGUACGAGCGCACCCUGGGCCUCUUCAAGCAGCUCAUUCAAUGUUCCUUUGUGGUAGAAAGGCAGCCCUGCAUGCCGACACAUCCUCAGAGACCGCUGGUUUUGAAAACUGGAGUGCAGUUUACGGUAAAGCUGAGGUUGCUGGUAAAGCUACAGGAGCUGAAUUACAAACUGAAAGUGCAGGUCGUGUUUGACAAAGAUGUCAAUGAAAGGAACACGGUUAGAGGAUUUAGGAAAUUUAACAUCUUGGGGACCAAUACCAAAGUGAUGAACUUGGAAGAAUCAAACGGAAGCUUGUCAGCAGAAUUUAGACAUUUGCAAUUGAAGGAGCAAAAGAACGUUGCAAGAACUAAUGAGGGUCCUCUCAUAGUGACAGAAGAACUCCAUUCUCUCAGUUUUGAAACGACACUCGAGCAAAGCGGCCUGACAAUUGAACUCGAGACUACCUCCCUUCCUAUUGUCGUAAUUUCCAACGUCAGCCAGCUGCCAAGUGGAUGGGCUUCUAUCUUAUGGUAUAACAUGCUGACAACGGAACCCAAGAAUUUAUCCUUCUUUCUUAAUCCGCCGCACGCAAGAUGGUCUCAGCUUUCCGAAGUUCUGAGUUGGCAGUUCUCGUCGGUCACCAAAAGGGGGCUCAGUGCAGACCAGCUGAACAUGUUGGGUGAAAAACUGCUCGGUAAACCUUGCGCGGUUUCUCCAGAUGGCACAAUUUCUUGGGCAAGAUUUUGUAAGGAAAACAUUAAUGAUAAAAGCUUUCCCUUCUGGCUGUGGAUUGAGGGGAUCCUUGAACUCAUUAAGAAAUACCUUCUCUUUCUUUGGAAUGAUGGAUGCAUCAUGGGCUUUAUCAGCAAAGAGCAUGAGCGUGCCCUGCUCAAGGAUAAGCCUAGCGGAACCUUUCUCCUGAGGUUCAGUGAAAGUUGCCGAGAAGGAGCAAUCACAUUCACCUGGGUAGAAGGGCCACCACACGAACUCAGCUUCCACUCAGUUGAGCCCUACACCAAGAAGGAGUUUGCAGCUGUUAGCCUCCCUGAUAUCAUUCGCAAUUACAAAGUGAUGGCUGCUGAGAAUAUUCCUGAAAAUCCUUUGAAGUUCCUUUAUCCAGAUAUUCCCAAAGACAAUGCUUUUGGAAAAUACUACUCCAGGCCCAAAGAAUCUGCGGAACCCAUGGAUGUGGAUGGCGGAGGAAAAGGAUACAUCAAAACUGAGUUAAUCUCUGUAUCUGAAGUCCACCCUUCCAGAUUGCUCAGCACAGAGAACCUCCUGCCUAUGUCUCCCGAAGAUUUCGACGAAGUGACACGUGUGAUAAGCCCGGCGGAAAUCAUGAUAUGUUCAGAAUACGCAUCAUAAAUGCUUCCUGGGGCAAUCUGCAUCAAGACUUAGUUACGUUCAUAGCUGCGACUAAGGACCUAAGGGUGUCCUCCAAGGCUCAGCAUUCCAUAGGGUGGAAUGUUACAUUUCAUGCUCUGAUUUACGGAAAGAGCUUCUUGAAAACCUAGCAACUCUUCUGUGCUUUUACGAAGUGGCUGAGUAGCGCUGCUACAUAUAGUAUUUCCUAGUUACUCUCCGUUACAUCAGCCCACAAUGAUUUGUGUAUGUGUUUCGUUGCAUGCUUGCUUAGUUUCCCUGGAAAAUAGAACGCCACUUUAAAACCGAAUCACAAGAAUGGCUUAGAGGGCGCAGGGAGCGGAAAGUCAGGCAACGCUUCCUGCAGAAAUCAACUCGGAACAAAGCAGGCCUUUGCUGUGGAAGGUCUCUCACCAUGAAGUACUUAAUUGUGCACCUUUAGACUGGUUUGCUGCAGCUUUAGAUGAAGUCAUUGUCCUCCAGGGCCUCUUCCUUGUUUUGUGAUUUCUGUGCUGCUUUUUUAGACUCGGACUACCCUGUUUCUAGAAUCGCUCUGUACCGCAGCACCAUCUUGUGCUUUUGGAAGGGAACCUCUAGGAAGCAGAGAAGAUGCCUCGGGGGCGCACUGGAUUGGCGUCAUUUCUUGCCUUCCCGUAAUAGGGUGGGGUGACCUGCCAUGAAAUGGAGGGCCGCAGGCUGCCCCAGGGCCUUAGGAGCAGUCUACAGGUCAAGCCUUGGGAGACAGACUAACAGUUCAUUUAUCAUUAAAUCAUCAUUAAAUGGCAGUGGACUGGCAAGGGUGUGGUGGCGGCGAUACAGAAACUGGCUCGAUUCCUUUAAGCGUACUGGGUGUUCACCGCUUAAGAUCCUGGGUCUUGUCCUGGCUGUUACCUGUCCUGCUAUUGCUGCUGCUUUUUCCCUCAGGAAGUGCCUGAUGUCUGUUUGGGAGGGUGAGCCACUCUUCCUCUCUAUAGUCUCAAAAUGCCCCUACCACAGGCUGCCUUCCCCGAUAAGUGGGAGCUGAUGAGGGGCUGUACUGUGUCACCUUCACCUUAAAAAAGACGUGGAAGUGGAUCUAGAUUUACACUGGUUCACUCCACUUCACUCUCGCAGAAGUGGAUUUCCCCACCCCUUCCUUCCCAUGGCAGCCCCUAAAAAUGCAGCAGAGGCGGGAGGUUGAUGGGAU